UGUGAGUAUCUGUAAUUAUAUUCAGCAUGUUUUGCACAAGAAAUGUCAGCCAGAAAGGGCUAUCCUCAUCCUCCGUCAAAUUAUACACCAACGAUGUCAUGCUCUGACAACCAAAGUGGAAACUCGUUUUUAGUAGACUCCUUAAUCCACGGACGAACCGAGAGCGGUGCCUCAUACUACCAAAGUAACGGCGUGUAUUUGUCACCAGGCUCGGAGUACUCCUAUGGACUACCCAACCGCGCUUUUUUCUCUGGGCUCAGUAAACGCAACGAGAGCAAUUGUCAAACUAUGGUACCCUCAUCUGGCCCAUAUUCACAUAUUCAAGGGAUGGAAACAUGGCUAGAGACUUCGAGAUCUUGUCGAGUAGAUCAGCCGAACAACCAGCAGCAAAUGGCUCAUUGUUCCUUCUCUCCGAGCAUCAAAGAGGAGAAUGCGUUUUGCCUGUAUGAAUCAGAGAAGUGUCUUAAAAGGUCAACAACGACGGAAGACAUUUCCUAUUCCCGGUUAACUCCGGGAUCAUGCCCGGUUACAAACAGCACCGUGCCUGUUCCCGGUUACUUCCGUCUGUCUCAGACAUAUACCUCUUCAAAGUUUUAUCAAGACGUUCAGCGGAACCCACAGCCUACUCAGUUCGCUCUACAACGUCCGGCCCGUUUCGACACCUCACCGCCAUCUCCUACCCCGGUGGCGGAUACAGGCAGGAGGGAGAGUGAAGCACUGCCUGACCCACCGUCAUGUGCUCCGGAUGAGGACACCCGGGCAUCGUCUGUAAAUGGUUUGUCCUCCCCGAACCCACCGAGAGCUGUGCGGAAAUGCAGUAGCAUGACGAAAAAAAUAUGUUGCCCGCACUAAUUUCUCUUUCAAUUUCUUUCUACAGGAGAUGGAGCAUCUGAAACCAAAGCUAACUGGCUGACAGCGAAGAGUGGCCGGAAAAAGCGCUGUCCCUACACCAAGCACCAGACUCUUGAGCUAGAGAAAGAAUUUCUCUUCAAUAUGUACUUGACUCGUGAGCGUCGCUUGGAGAUCAGCCGCAGCGUCUACCUGACAGACAGGCAAGUCAAAAUCUGGUUCCAAAACCGAAGAAUGAAACUGAAAAAGAUGAGUCGGGAAAACAGGAGCUAUCGGGAGCUAGCGAACAACUUCAGUUUUUCGUGAGACAUUCGUGCUGUAUUUGGCGCCCUCCUCCAUCAAUGGCCAGAGCGCCUUCCUUUGAGAAACCCUGUCGUGUGAAUAUGACCGUGUAGGUUAGGGCUACAAUUGCUAACUUAUUGAUAUGUCGUUUUGUUGUCAUUUUACCUGAAUACGUCUCUGUUUUGUUUUGUCGUGGUUAUGUAUUUAUACUGUCAUAACAUAUGUUUGCUCCCUUUAUGUAUAUACCAACAGUUAAUAUAGAGAUGGAACGACUUAAGUGUUUCAGAGCUGACAAUAUCGGCAUUCGUGGUACAUAAAUACAUGUAUAUAGCCACCUCGAGUGACGCAUUGACAUCUGUGCUUGCUGGAAUAGCUCUUGGGGAAAUGUUGUAACCUGUAGCAAUAUAGGCCUACGUUACGUCAUGGAUAAAGAGCCUCGAUGGAUUUGAUAUUUAAUAUCUGCACAUUUUGCUGGUAUUAUAGCCAUAUAUACUAAAAGCAUCACACAAUAACUAUUUUGUAAAGGGUUUUAUUUAUACACAAGAAACGUAUCUGAGACUUGUAAAUAUUGUUUACAAUUUGCCUUCUCGUAUUUUUAUUCAUAUUUUUAUUGUUCUCUCCAAACCGUUUUAAUAAUAUGGCCCAUAUUGUCAUUGCUUUGUCUAUAGAGAGACUAUACUGUGAAAUGAAUUGAUAUGUUGUCUGUUGGCCUCACUAAGUAAGUCAAUAAAAACAUGGCACGUUUUUA